AUGGACCAGAGAUUGUUUGAGGCAGCUCGUUUGGGAGACAUAACAACACUUGAGUUGCUCCAUCAAGAGGAUCCUCUGCUUCUCGACCGUCUCUCUUUGUCUUCUCAAGAGAAUCCUCUCCAUGUCUCAGCCUUCGCAGGAAAAGCUGCUUUUACGGCGAAAAUCUUGAGUCUCAAGCCAGAGUUAGCUUUGGAACGGAACCAACAAGGGUUUAGUCCUCUUCAUAUUGCUUCAGCUUCAGGGGAAAUAGAAGUUGUGAGAGAGCUCCUGAGAGUUAGGAACAUUGAUGUGAUCUGUUUGUUGAAGGAUAAAGACGGUUUGAUUCCUCUUCAUUGCGCAGCGCAAAGAGGAAGAAUUGAUGUCAUAAAAGAGCUGGUUUUGUCUUUCCCUAACUCUCUUAAGGUAGUAACAGCUUCUCUUGAGACACCUCUUCAUGUUUCUGUUAAGAACAAUCAAGUGGAAACUACAAAGUUGUUGCUGGAAGAGAUCAAGAAGCAGAACAUGGUGCAGGAGAUCGCGCAGGAGAUCGUUAACCGCGGAAAUCGAGAAGGCAAUACAGUCUUGCAUCUUGCAACACUUGGGAAACAGCUUCAGAUUGUGGAGAUGUUGAUUGGCGAAGAAGCAAUAAUCCGCGGAUCGGUAGAUGCAAAUAGACAAAACAGAAACAGGUUAACACCAAAGGACAUUCUCGACGUGGUUAUUGAAACCGAAGGAGGAAAUGUUUCCGAAAUGUACAAGAUUGUUCAAAUCUUUCAGUCAGUUGAAGCAAGGAAUGCAAAGGAGAAACGCCCAACCCCUCAACAAAUUCAACCUAGUAGAAACCCUUUACGUUUGAUGAGGAAUUUUCUAGACUACGAGAUUAGUAAUGCAACACUUGAACAAAAGGAAACUCUAUCUAUAUCGCGCCCGAUGAGUAUGUAUUAUGGUUCGUGGUUCUAG